CAUCCUCUCUGCAGCUCGGUGACUUCCCUCUCCAUGCUCGCCGGCAUGUGCUACUUCUCAGGUAGAGUUCAGGAGUGAGGACGGAGCGUGAAGAAGCCGUACGGAGGAGACGAAGGGGGAGGAUUCGCGUGUGCUUACAGUCGAGUGAAAGGGCCCACGUGGAGAGGCCCUCUCAGUUUGGGGGAGGAGCAGGAGUUGGUGGUGAAGAUGGAGUGGCACCGAGGAUACAUUCCAGUUGGACUAAUUACUUCUCAGAAUGAGACACUGCACGUUGCCAAUGUUAAAACAGGAAAGUCAGCUCAACUGUUUGUUUUUUUUGUCAACGGCUGGAGUCACCACAAACAAACCCUACCACCAUACCUGUCUCACGUGACCGCAGGCCCACAGGCCUAUAUAACGCCCCGGCCCUCAGAACGAGCAGCUUAGUGACACUUUUAACUCUCCAGAUCGCAGCACGUGGAGCGACAAGACUUGAGACGAUGAUCGACGUUUCAAGAACGGCGGAGUUCUCCGACUGUGGCGACAUGAAUUCCAUCACAAUGUGCGCGUCGUCCAACCAGGACCUGGGCUCCGUGGCAGAGGGCAGAGGCCGGCAAAGGUCUCACUCCUACUACAGUUCGGAGGAAAGCAAGAACUACGGCGUGCAGACGCAGACAGAGGAGACCUAUCUGAGGCCUCGCUCCAGGUCCUUUUACAGCUGUGAGACCUCCGAUUACGACGCGGGGAACUUCUCACAGUCCAGUCCGCUGAGGGAGAGGGCGAGCUCCCUAAUCCAGUAUCAAGUGAACAAAAAGGAAAAGAGAGAAGGGGAUGGGCCCGGUGUUCCAGUCAGCUCUAAGAAGUCCAAGUCCAAACGAAGCAAGCAUUCACAAACAAGAGAACAUAAUGGCAGUAAAGGCAAUCUCAAGCCAGUGUCCAUGAUGACCAUCUCUGAGUCGGACAACUGGGAGAUUAACUCCUGCUCGGGGAUGAAGUAUGGGCAGUUUGUGGACUGGGAGAAGAUCGACCCCGAAGCUGCGGAACGGUACCAGCAGAUCCUGCAGAGUGACCACCAGCAGCUGAAAACCAUGGGCCGAGAGGGAUUCUGGGCCACGCCGCACACGCUGAGGGCCAAAGCUUACUACCACAUCAUCCACAGCAUCAACUCAAGCAGGUGCAUCACUCCAGACAGAAAUGUCCACUAUGAAGUGGCCAAGCAACACUUUGGAGAACAGAAAAUCAGCACCCAUGCGGUCCCAGAGUACAUGGAGGCAGGAGAAAUACCCAGAUACUGUCUCAACAAAGCAGGCCUGAACUCCGUGAAAAAGAUCCUCAUUUGCCUCGGCAAAUGCUUCCCGGACAUGAACUUCUGCCCCAUCCUGCCCGAACUGGUCUCCCUCCUCCUCCACUUCAGCGAGGACGAGGCCGAGUGUUUCCACAGCGUGUCCCGGCUCAUCUGCUACGACGACCCCAACAAGCGCUACAUCGACCAGACCUUCCUCACCUACCGCGCCUCCUGCAUGACCUUCGGGGACCUCGCCAACAGGUGCUGCAGGGGCAUCCGCAAGCUGAUCGCCAGCUCUCACCAGAACCUCUUUGAGUUCUACUCCGACUGGAUCAUGUGGAUAUUCGCCGACCUUCCCUUCACAUACGCCAUCAGAGUGCUGGAUGUCUACAUCUUGGAGGGCUACAAGGUCCUCUACAGGGUGGCGUUGGCUUUGCUCAGCCUCUACAAGGUAUCCGUGUCAUCCAGAGUGGCAGACGUGGAGGACUUCCGCACAGACAUGAAGAGGUUCGUGCAGAGCGUGGCUCGCCACUGCACGGCUGAGAAUCUUCUGGAGAGGGCCUUCAUGAUCUCGAUGGCCACGCGGAGGGAGCUCAACCUCCUGUUCAACGCCAACAAGGACGCCCUCAUGCAAAAAGGUGUCGGCACGCACCAAAAGAGGCAGUCGGUCGAGACGGUGAACUUCAGCAACUUCGCCUCCAGUGUCGUGACUGGGACCGAGAUGAGAGUCGUCUGGGCCUGGAUACCUGAGCGCUUCUCCCUUUUCAGCCCCAUCCGGCUGUUUAGCACGGCGGAACACGGAAGAAGCCUCGCUUCAUUCUAUUCACAUGUGGAGGGACACGAACCAGCGGUCUUGAUUAUCAAAACUGUGUGUGAAGAGGUCUUUGGUGCGUUCCUGUCAACAGAUGUGAUAGAAAGGAAAAAGCACGACUCUCAGGGACUCGCGUAUUUUGGAACCGGGGAAUGUUUUGUUUUUACGCUGCGUCCCAACAUGGAGUGCUACCAGCAGGCUAUGGUCAACAUAAUGACCAGAGCAGCUUCCCCUCAGCAGGCUCGAGACGGCAGCUUGGCCUCCUCUCCGGUGUCCAACGGUGGCUGCUCCCCCAUCGCCACCCCGACUCUGACCUGUCCCGCCGGAACCCCCCAGGACCCCAGCUACCUGACGAUCCCCUUCACCGCCCCAUCAGAGGAGCCCACGACAGCCAAAGAGCCGAGGAGAUCCAAGGAACAGGAAGCCUCCAUGUUCAUCGCAGGCAGUGACAGUCAGCUCAUAAUCGGUGGUGAUGGAGGCCACGCACUCUGCCUACAGGAAGACCUAGAGGGGGGGCUCUCAGAGCCUUGUGACACAUUCAAGAGCAACCAACUCUGCAAGGGACAUUUCAAGAUCCAGGCCCUGGAAGUGUGGGGCAUCCAGAACUCUAUUUCCUUUUCUCACAGCUUUCCCUCUCAGUAGACUAACGGGCAGAGAGAGAGAGAGAGAAGCCGUGAAACUUUGCAUAUUUGUUGUCUAAACACAUUUUUUUUCCACAAUGCUGUUUCAUUGGACUUGAUUUUUAUUUAAAUGUUCAGAUAUUUAUUUUGUGAAAUGCAGAUGUGUGCACAUGACAUAUUACAAAGCAAUUGAGGGAGAUUUUACUUGACUUUGAUGUCCACAUGUCAAGUCAAGUUUAUUUGUAGAGCCUUAUAUUGCACAUUUCGUCUCACGGUUCUACACAAGCCCACAUAAACAAUGGUUCCUCUCACAGAGAAGCUCUCUUAAAACAUAAGGAAAAUCUCCACACGAAAAAAAAACAACUUCUCAUCUUAUCACAGAGGGAAGGGUUGAGACACGCCAGCUAGAGCUAUUGCAUGCAACAACAUCUGCUGUAAUGAAUCCUAUCUGUUGCACAAAAAAAGAGAGUACUUUACCCGGAUGCAUAUAAUUCCACAUGUUUUUGUAUUUUGCAGUUUAUUUGCAUUUGAUACGCAAUUUAACUUCAUGCUCUUUUUCACAUGUUGUGAUCAGUGGCUCGUGUUUUCCCUAUGUCUAAUGACUUAUUCUGAUAUAGACCUGUUGUGAACAUUAUAUAUUUUUUUACUGUGUAAUACUGAAAAAAAAAUAUUUUUACUUUCUGUUUAACCUUUCUAAGUUCUGAGUUGUCAACAUAUGGAGGCUAUUACUAAUAAGGGGUGUAGGCCUGUGACGUGUGUAUACGAGGGCAUGUCUGUUUAUUUGCUGUUAAAAUGACGUGAAGGGUUUUGAUAUCCUUUAUGCACACCUUGUUUAUGAGACAUGUGCUGCGUUCGUGUGCUUGUGAAACUAUCGUAAGUGGUAAGGAUGCAUCUGAAGCUGAUCUGAAAGUGUGAAAAUGUAUUCUUGUUUGUUUGUUUGGUUG